UCAGCAAAACAGCAAAACUUGCCUUUGCCACCUCGUUUUGGGCAAGAGGCUCCAGUAAUUGGUGUUCCGAUUACCUCAAUAAACCCGAACAGGCCGAACUAUCCUACUCAAAAUUACAUGCAGCCGCCUGCAGGGAAUGUCCCUUGGUCGACGGGACUCUGUGACUGCUUCUCCGAUGUUCCAAACUGUUGCAUCACAUGUUGGUGUCCUUGCAUCACUUUUGGCCAGAUUUCUGAGAUCAUCGAUCAAGGAUCAACUUCUUGCGGAACAAAUGGAGCCCUCUACGCCUUACUUGGUUGGUUCACCGGGAGUGCUUGCAUUUACUCCUGCAUCUACCGCUCUAAAAUGAAGAGUCAAUACAUGUUGGAGGAUAGUCCCUGCGAUGAUUGCUUCGUUCAUUUUUGCUGCGAGACCUGCGCCUUGUGUCAAGAAUACCGCGAGCUCAAAAACCGUGGAUUCGAUAUGUCACUUGGAUGGCAUGGAAACAUGGAGAGGCACCAAAAUGGCACAAUGCGAACGGCUCCAGUGGUGGAAAGUGGCAUGAAAAGAUAA